AUGAAUGAUAUCUGCCAUACAUCCCAACCCACAACUCAAUUUCUGGUCCAAAAAAUCAGUUUUAAAUCAGACGACAGACCGGGACUGAGGGGACUUGUGGCCGUGGCGGUCGUGAGUUCCGCGGUGAGGAACUUUCGGGAGCGCCAGAACGUCCGCGCCACUUGGGCCGACCCCAGAGUUGUGCGGCUAACUGGGAUCGCUUCGGUGUUCGUUGUGGGGGGAACCACAUCCGCGCGGGCGCAGCGAGCGCUGGUGAGGGAGAGCCUCGCCUUCAGGGACAUCGUGCAGGCAGAUUUCCUGGACACCUACAACAACCUCAGCCUCAAGUCCCUGGCAGGUAUUUGGUGGGGGGCGCAGCACUGCGCACAGGCGCCUUGGAUCCUCAAGACGGACGACGAUGUGAGCGUCAAUGUCUUCGCCCUCAGUGAAUACCUCCUCCAUUACGCAGGAUCCACCGAGCCUGAAGCUGCAUUGCAUAUGCCAACGUUCACGGACAACCCGGACCUACGCGAGAGCACGAAGCGAUGUACAGGAGCCCACUGCGUGGUGCUCUGCGACAAGAUCUCGCUGCGCGCCAGGGCGGUUGACAACAACUCUUAUCAGUUCGGCGUCUCUGCGGCCGAGUGGCGCCUGCCUACGUACCCGCCUUACUGUCAUGGAGUUGGGUACUUGGUGCCCACAACUGCAGUGCCAGCCCUGAUGGAGGCCGCGGCCACGAGCACCUACAUCAGAGUUGAAGAUGUCUUCGUCACUGGCAUACUUGCUCGGGCGGCGGGGCUGCGUAUUGCGCACAUGCACCCCCCGGUGCCGUGGCAGUACGCGCUACACGCGCACGACCGGGCACUGCUCUUCAUCGCCGGCAUCAGGCUGACACUGGAGCUGGACCGCGACCUGGAGGGGGGCCGGCUGACGGGCUCGCAGGUGUGGAGGAUGUUACUCGAGCGUCACAACGUAACGCUGGACCAGAGCUGAUCCUCUGGCCCACUAGAAAUUUUGAAUAGAUUAAACUGACCGUUUAUUGGAUUAAACCGAUUAAAUUUGAAUUUAAAGUUUAAUGGAUACAACUGAUUAAACUGACCGCAUACCCUUUUAUCAAAAACUUUACGGAUAUACCCGCAGCCAUCGAUGCUAUUUAUUUCUCAAGGCACGUUAGUUAGCAGUGACCGUCAGUGGGAAAAUUUUUGAUCAGAAUGAAUUAUCAGAACUGUUCUGGGUAACAAAAAUUUAGCAUCUGUAAAAAUUAGUUAAUAAUUCCAAAAUCCAUCUGCAAGCUACUCAUAACAAAUGUGGAGUAUUUCUUUUCUAUCUAAUCAUCAAUUAAGCAGAUUUAUUACUCGUCCUAGUAUUCAAGUAUUUACGAUUAUACAGGCAGGGAUGGGAGGCAGGCUAAUAACAUACGACUCCCCCUUUUAGAUUUAAGAAUUGUUCUUGUUUGGGCCAUGUUGAGCAAAAACCUGUUAAAUAUGCCACCAGCUUGUAUUUUAACAAGAAAAAUAACUGCAGUUUUGCCCUAUGAAGGUAUAUGCCUGAACGCCAAAACUAUCAUAUUUGAUAUCAACCGGAAUACAAAAGUUUGGCUGAGGAGAGACAAAUUUACGAGUUCCAUGUCAGUUCAUAAUUUGACUCAGGGAGGAAAUAAAGAGUCAAUCAGGGGGAACAUAAAGAUUGUAUUGAAUUCCACGUUUCAAUCAUUAGGUACAUAACAACUUUAAUGUAAGUCAUAUCAACUUGCUCGAUCAUUUUCAAACUUGCGGGCCACUUGGCUAACUCAUCCCAGUGUUAGGUUAAAGUUCAGUAGUAUUAUUCUUAUGAACAAUAUAUUCGAACGAUCACCGAUUUCAUUUUUUAUCUUCUAUACAUUUUUUAAUAUUAAUAAAAUUUAUG